AAUCUCUUCUUCGUCUCCUCACACUAAUCACACGUUUGCCCGCUUGGCCAACCAUACAACAUGGCGUUCUACUUCCAUGGACUGCCCAUAGGAUGGGUGGCCAUCAUGUUGGCGCUCUUGGCGUCAAUGGGCGGUUUCAUCUUCGGUUAUGACACUGGUCAGAUAUCUGAUAUCCUGUUGAUGGAUGAUUUUCUUCUUCGCUUUUCCACCUGCUCAACACCUGGCGAUGUAUCCACUUGUUCAUUUUCGACUGUGCGAGAAGGUCUCAUCGUCGCUCUUCUCUCCAUCGGAACCCUUGCCGGCGCGCUCUUGGGUGCACCGACCGCUGACUUCCUCGGACGUCGUUAUGCCAUGUCCGUGGAGUGUGUCGUGUUUAUCAUCGGAGUUGUCAUUCAGAUAGCUUCGAAUAACGUUUGGCAGCAAUUUGCUGUCGGUCGAUUAAUUAGUGGCUUGGGUGUUGGGGCGCUUAGUGCUGCCGUUCCGAUGUAUCAAGCCGAGACAGCUCCGGCUCAGAUCCGUGGUACCUUGACCGCAACUUAUCAACUGUUCAUCACGUUCGGUAUCUUGGUUGCUUACUGUAUCUCAAUUGGAACCCGGAACAUCUCUAAUUCCGGAUCAUGGCGCAUCGUUGUUGGGAUCGGCAUCCUGUGGGCAUUGAUCCUCGGCAUCGGUAUUCUCUUCAUGCCAGAGAGCCCUAGGUGGCUUGCCGCACAUGGCAGAAUGGAUGAGGCUCAGUUAUCCCUCGCGCGCUCUCGUGGUAUUCCAAAGGAAGAGGCGAAGAACCAUUACGUCAUUGUUCGAGAGGUCGAAGAAAUCAAGUCUUCUGUCCAAUACGAACAGCAGAUUCGCGGCGGGUGGAUUGAUUGCUUUAGGCCACAAAACAAGACUCUCUACCGUACUCUUCUCGGAAUGAGUCUACAGAGCCUUCAACAGCUUACUGGCGCCAAUUACUUCUUUUACUACGGCGCAACCGUGUUCAAAGCAGUAGGACUCAGCGACUCGUUUGUGACUCAAAUUAUCCUUGGCGCUGUCAACUUUGUCUGUACGUUCGGCGGAAUGUAUGUCCUCGAAAGGUUUGGGCGUCGCAGACCUCUGAUCAUUGGAGGGAUAUGGCAAUCAGCGUGGCUCUUCGUCUUCGCCGCCGCUGGAACUGCUGUAGAUCCUACGACUCAUCCUGGCGUUGGGAAAUUGAUGAUCGUGUCGGCUUGCAUGUUUAUCUGGGGUUAUGCGAUGACCUGGGCUCCUGGUGUUUGGAUUCUAAUCGGAGAAACGUUCCCUACACGGACCCGUGCCAAGCAAGGCAGUUUGUCGACCGCCGCAAACUGGGUUUGGAAUUUCCUAUUGGCGUUCUUCACGCCCUUCAUCAGUAGUGCCAUAAGCUAUCGCUACGGUUUUGUCUUUGCAGCGUGCAACUUGACGGGAGCCGUAGUUGUCUAUUUCUUCCUUUACGAAUCGUCUAAUCUUUCACUAGAAAGUGUGGACAUGAUGUACACCGACCCUAAUUGUAAACCUUGGACUUCCCGCGAAUGGGCUCCACCCGGGUUUUCCUCGCGCCAGGAUCUCAUAGAUCAAACUAGAGCCGCGGAGUCGCAUAAACCCCUUGCGUCCAGUGCAGCUGAGGAAGGCAGGAUCGAGAAACACUCUGAGUCAUCUGCGGAAGGAUCAUAGUCGAGAUGUACAAGUGAGUAGUCUCGAGCAGAUACAUGCUUAAUUUAUAUGCAUGCUGUUGGGCCACCUAUCUUUGUCGAUGAUAUAUUUUUUCUGCGAGGCCUGUAUCUCCCCUCGCAGUUUCUAAUACCACAUUCCUUUUGAU